AACGCAGCUCGAUCCCCCACUUGGGCGUCGCUUGCUUGCGAUUUCCUUUCUAUCAUGGCCAGCUCUGUCUCUAGUGAGAGAGCCUUUUGCCAGGCAGGUAUCACCAUCAGCCCAAGGCGCAACCGAUUAAAAGCAGAUGUCGUCGAGGCACUUCAAUUUAUGAAG